AUGUCCGCAAGAGGUUCGGACGCGUCGCGUCCCCCUUCCAGAUCCAAGUCUGCAGCCCUCUCUUCGUCCGCAGCCGGCUCACGCAUCAGGUCCCAAGAUGACGCCCUGCCGUCCAGUUCACACAAGAGGAAGCGUGAUUGUCCUGCCUUCCCCCUGGAAGAACUGCUCAAACCAGCUAUUACAAUCAAGCCCCAAUUCUCCCUAGGCUCUGAGUCCGUGAGACCUCCCGUGUUGAAGCCACUCAUGUUGUUGUCCCGCGAGCAUCUUGCCUUGUCCGCUCUGGACUUGUCCUCCCCCAAUGGAGAGUUCCCAAGUGGCCCAGGCCGUUUCUUCGAGUCUCACAUCCGAGUCUUGGAUCUCGAGGGUCGCUUGCGCCAGGCACCAAGCGUACUCAUCGCACGCUCAGACGCCACCCACAAUGUCUAUGCCAUCGAACGCCACCAGACCGGCCUCUAUGUUGUUUGUAAGCUCGGCGCUUGGGUUGCCAUCGAGAAGCUCAGCCACCUUGCCGAGGCCUGUUAUGAGCAACGCUGCCGUCCAGCCCAGGCCGCACACGCCAACGUGGCCGAAGCUCCUUCAACCACGCCCCAGUUGCACCACGAGAGCAAGAAGAAAAGGCUUGCCAUAGAACAGAUCCAAUCCAUGGUGCGAAAACGCCCAAGGACCGUCUCUACAACGCCCUGCGAGUCACAAGACCAGAGCCAGCCCCAGAUUCAGGCAGUGACAUAUGCUGUUGCACAUUCCCUGGAGGACCCCUUCCAAGCACAACCUCCCGGAGGUGGUGUGAGCGACCCGCCACCCAAAAGUUCCCAAGCCGCUGUAGCAGAUUCAAAUGCCGACAUGCAGACUUCCGCCGAAGACAUAUUUCAGAAUAUCAGAUCCCAGUAUCUCGAGGCUCUUUAUCAUUCGAAGGGAUCAUUAGCGUAUUUUGCAAAGGGGCCUCUAUCUCGAGCACGCGCAGCCUUCCACCUGGACUGUGACGCAAACCUUGAGAUGAAUGACCUCGUCGAAUUUUUGAAAAGCCUUACAAUGUCGACGGUGCAGGUCGAUAAGAAAUUCCGCGAGACUUUGCCGGAGCUUGUUAAGGACAUAAGACUCCUGGCCGAGAGCUGUGCCGAGGAUGAACCAAAGAAGAAACGGAGAAAGUCCAAGAAGAUGAAAAUAGGCAAAGACGGACUCUAUCCUGGCGAGGUCGAUCAUGUGAAGAGAUGGUGGAGAACGCAUCGGUCUCUCAUACGUGAUGGCGACGAAGCUAUAAUUAACCCUCAGGAGGUCAAAUACCACAUAACUUGCCUUCGGACUCGAGAAACGCAGCUGCAAAUGAUCCUCAUCCUGGAAAUACUUGCGUUAGAAGCUGUGCGUCCGGCCGAAGACGCACAAGACAGCCAGUUACCCGGGCUGCCCGUUGGGGAUACGCCGAAGAAGACGGUCGAACCUGCCCCAAAGAAGCGCCAAAAGCACAACUUUUCAACACUGGUCGAUAUCCACGCCGACAGACUGUGCAUCUGGCAGUCCACGACGCUGGACGAGAUGGAAAUGAUAGCUGCCGAGUCACAAGCCAAGGACGGAUCGGAAACACAGAAGUCAGGGAGGGCGAAUUCGGACCCGCUGAAGGACUUUUGUGUAGACAUUUUGCUGCCAUUCUUCGCUGGCCGACUUCCUGAAUUGUGCGAGUCCUUGAAUCACAAACUCGGUGGCCCGGUCGUCGUGUCCCCCCCAAAGCCAAAGAAGCGUGCAGUUACAGCUGCUGCGAAGGCAACAGCAAUUCCCGGAUCUGUGGCCAAGAGACCGGUCUCAACCAGUGCGCCCAAGUCACUGGACAAGGUUUUCUCGCAUGACCAACUGAGGCGGAAGGCAUCUCGUAGGCCAACUGACGUCUUGGCAAGAAUGAGAUCCGCGACGCCCGCCACGAUCCCUGGGCUGAAGCGUGAAGCAAGCGAGCCUGCUUCAUUGAACACGAUACCAAGCGGAGACAGGUCUUUGAAAGAAAGAUCACGAAAUGUCUUGUCCAGGAGUGUUUCGAGUCUCACUGCCGACGACUCGAAGGCUCAGAAGAAAGCGAAGAUGGAAGCAGACCUGAAGGAUGCUAUCUCGGCCCUGAAGAAGCCUAACAGACAACUUGCGGGUAAAGCUAUUGUCGAGGAAGCCGAGAAGCGAAUAGGGUCAUCGAGCUCGCCUCGUCCACGAAAGCCGAAGAAUCCCACACGCUUCAACGUCAAACCACAGACUCAAAUUCAGGUCAAGGCUACUCCGGCCAACUACCGCUUCAAAGACGCUGUGUCAACAUCAGACCAGCGCAGUUAUGGUAGCUUCCACAUUCCUGCACCAAGGAUGGAGCUGCCACCGAUUCCGUCAAGCUCCGUCAUCCCGUCUACAGCACCUAGAAAUGGCCUGCGAGAUGGCCUCGAAGCAUUCCAUAUUGCCAGCACACCUAUUGCGAGCAAGUUGCAGGCAAAUGCCGUGCCAGACUCGGCAGCACCUUCGAAACCGACAAUGAACGAUCCCUUCACGCAACCUUCUUCACCCCUGAUGGCCAGAAGGGCUGCGCCAAACACCCAAAAACACCUUCAAAUACCGAGUAUUGACAUCUCUCCAUCAUCUCCUACACUCCCUCGCCUGUUCGCGACACCUGUUAAGCAGAAAUCCUCGGCCAACAUGGCCUUUGUUGACGAAAUCGUCACCUCUACUCCUCCUGGACCUCGACAGACAGCUACUCUGUUUGUCACUCCCGCUAAGAAAGCUCCCACUUCUGCACCUCCCGCGGCAGAACAACCCAAUGAACCCAGCAACAAACCGGCACUGACUAUCUACCAGCAGCUGGGCUGGGAUGAUUACGACGUUGAUGACCUUGCAUGA